CUAUUACACUGAUACUUGCUUGCAUCACGAACUGUAAACCAACGCCAAAAUGUUCAAAAUUUUAGUUCUCGCUACGAUCGUCUGCGUUGCCAAUGCCGGACUCAUCGGUUUGGGCGGUCAUGGUGUUGCCGUGGCAGUAGCCCCAGGUGCCACAUCUUACCAAAACAACAACCAAAUCUCACUCCACCCCGUCCCGGUGGUAGCAACUCACGCCGUCGCCGCCGCUCCCAUCGCUGUCGCCCACGCCGCUCCCGUCGCCAUUGGAAUCGGACAUGGAGGAAUCGGUCUAGGACUUCAUUAGGCUUUUAACUAGGGAUGAGCAGCCGUUUAGAGUUAGGGAUGAAAUUGUUGUUUUCGUUUUUGUUUGGUGUUCGACAUUUGGCCGUUAAAAUUAAUAAAAAGCUGGAAAAUAA